GUUGUAAGGUUUUGAGUUAUUUUUAUCUUGAGAGAGAGAUAUUAAUAAGAAUUUACGUACGUCUCUAAACCAUUAAGCUAGCUAUAUUACGAACCAAAUCCGCCCAUAGCUAGAAGAGAUUAAAAGUACUAAAAAAAAAACCACCAUGGAGACAAAUACAAACCAAGAGAAUGCUUCGCUGGAUAUCCCUGUCAUUGAUCUAAGUAACCAGGAUGAAGAGCUUGUGGCACGUGCGGUGGUCAAAGCGAGCGAAGAGUGGGGGAUUUUUCAGGUGGUCAACCACGGAAUCCCGCCGGAGCUGAUACGGCGGUUGCAAGAAGUGGGGAAGAAGUUUUUCGAGCUGCCCGAGGCAGAGAAGGAGGCCGUCUCGAAGCCAAAGGACUCCAUGGACACAGAAGGAUACAGAACCAUGUACCAGAAAGAUCUAGAAGGUAGAGACGCAUGGGUUGAUCAUCUCUUUCACCGUAUCUGGCCCCCGUCCAGAGUCACUUAUAGAUUCUGGCCUAAGAAUCCUCGAGAAUACAUUGAAGUGAAUGAGGAGUACGCAAGUCACUUAAAGAAGCUAUCCGAGAAAAUCAUGGAAUGGUUAUCAGAAGGAUUAGGGUUAAGGCGUGAGGCAUUGAAGGAAGGUCUAGGCGGCGAGAUGGUGGAGUAUCUAAUGAAGAUUAAUUACUAUCCACCGUGUAUAGAUCCUGAUUUGGUCGUGGGAGCUCCUGAUCACACUGAUGUCAAUGGAAUCACACUCUUAGUCGCUAAUGAGGCUUUAGGACUUCAGGCGUUCAAAGAUGACCUCUGGAUCGACGCAAAGUGCAACCCCUCUGGGAUCAUCGUCAUCAUUGGUGAUCAAAUCCUAAGGAUGAGCAAUGGGAAGUAUAAGAGUGUUCAGCAUAGAGCGACGAGGGAUAAGGAGAAGACGAGAAUUUCGUGGCCAGUUUUUGUGGAAUCUAGCCUUGAUCACGUUUUCGGACCUUUGCCGGAGCUAAUUUCCGGCGAAGAUAGUGCUCCCAAGUUUAAGCCUUAUGUCUACAAAGACUUCAAAUUUCGUAAGCUGAAGAAGCUUAGUCUCGACUGAGAUGAAAAUCUCAUAACAGAGAAACAGAGAUGAGUUGCUCAUCAUGUAAGACUUGUUUCUUUAUUGGGUUUAUUGCGUCUUCUCUAAUAAUGAGUGUUGAAGUUUUAUCUAAAUAUCAAAUUACAGCAUUGUGUGUUUGUCAUGUCUCUUGUUUGUUUACCUAAUAUAAUUAAAUUUGGAUUGUAACGUUCUAUCACAUUAUCUGUUAUCAAAUAGCAAUAAUACAAACAAACCUAUAUAUA